AUGUUGUAUUUAGUUGGUUUAGGUUUAUCAUAUAAAAGUGAUAUUACCGUUCGUGGUUUAGAGGCUGUACGUAAUUGUUCUCGUAUUUACCUUGAACACUAUACCAGUAUUUUAAUGGCUGCUUCUUUAGAAGAGCUGGAAGAAUAUUAUGGUAAGCCAGUGAUUCUAGCAGACAGAGAACUAGUCGAAAGUGGUUCUGAAGAAAUUCUACAUGAUGCCCGUACUCAGGAUGUUGCGUUCCUUGUUGUAGGUGAUGUUUUUGGUGCUACUACCCAUACAGACUUAGUAUUAAGAGCUAAACGUGAAAGUAUUCCAGUUGAGGUUAUUCAUAAUGCUUCAGUUAUGAAUGCAGUUGGCUCUUGUGGUUUACAAUUAUAUAAUUUUGGCCAAACAGUAUCAAUGGUUUUUUUCACAGAAAGUUGGAAGCCAGACUCUUGGUAUGAUAAAAUCUGGGAAAAUAGAAAAAUUGGUUUGCAUACAUUAGUUUUGUUAGACAUUAAGGUCAAGGAGCAGAGUAUUGAAAAUAUGGCACGUGGUAGAUUAAUUUAUGAACCUCCUCGUUAUAUGAGUAUUUCUCAAUGUUGUGAACAACUACUGGAAAUCGAAGAUGCUAGAGGUACCAUAGCUUAUACCCCGAAUACUCCAGCUGUAGCAAUUAGUAGACUGGGUUCCAGCACACAAACAUUUAAAGCAGGUACAAUCGAAGAAUUAUCCAGAUAUGAUGCAGGUGAACCACUGCAUUCUUUAAUUAUCUUAGGUAGACAGUGCCACGAAUUAGAAUUAGAAUACCUAUUAGAAUUUACAGAUGACAAGGAAGGUUUCAAGAAAGCUGUAAUUGAAGAUCAAGAAUUUUUUAAACCAGCUCCAUGGGUUCCACCCGUCGAAGAUGAAGAUUGA